AUGAAUGAGGAUUCCUUAGGAGAAACGAGUACCAUAUAUUUAAACACGAAAAACUGGCUAAAGGAAUUUGAAUAUAUUAAAAUUCAUGAAAAUGAUUUGAAUGAAGUGUUGAUGAAUUAUUUCUGUGUCCACCGAAUGUAUGAUGUUGCAUCGGAGUUUCAAAAAGAAACAAAUGUUAAACCUGAUAUGCCCAUUGAAACAGUAAAGCUACGAUAUUUGAUUCAAGACAAUAUAAUGAAUAACAAAAUAGAAGAAGCUAUAGAACAUAUUAACAAUUUAGAUGAACGAAUUUUGAAAAAACAUAAAGACCUUGUUUUUUAUUUAAAGAAACAAAAAUUAUUGAAGCUAAUUUUAAAUAAUAAUAUUAAUGAGGCUAUCAUAUAUUCACAACAAGAAUUGGCUCCAUAUGUGAACGAAAAGCCAUCCCUUAUUAAUGAAAUAGACGAUAUUAUGAUGUUAAUGGCUUAUCCAGAUUUUAAUAGUGAUGAAGCUAAAAAAUUAAUUCAAAAAUUAGAAAAAAAAAAAAGUACAUUAAAAAGGAUUGAUGAUAUAAUUUUGAAUUAUUAUAAUGUUGACAGUGAAAGUACAUUUGAAUAUAUUGUUAAGAAUGCUUUUUUUACCCAAAAUGUUUUGAGCGCAAAGUAUCCUUGCAGUAUACCCAAAUUAAAAAACUUGAAAAAUGGAUAUAUUGAAUAUUUUGAACAUCUCAAGAAAAACAAAAAAAAAAAAAAAAAAAAAUCCGAAAAAAAUUGUUCAAAUAAAAAAAAAGCAAGUAGAAUUAAUAUAUAUGAUAAAAACUUUGAAGAGAAUUCACGAGAUUUCAAUACAGCAUACGAUGAAUAUCGUUCAAUGUGA